AUGACACAAAGCGAGAUUGGCGCGUUGAAGCGUACGCGCGCUACAUACAAGACGCGUCUCACAAACUUUGAGACAUUCAUUGAGCGUUUUCGCGAAUCGACCGAUCCGGUAGAAGUGUUAGAAACACGGAUCGAAUUCUUACAGCAUGCAUGGUCUGGAUUUGAUGUACUUCAAACAAAGAUUGAGGACCUCGAUGAGUCCGACAAUGCACGUUUAGAAUUAGACGAUAAGUAUUGUUCGGCAAUUGGCAGAGCACGUGCUCUUGUCAAUAGUCGACGAUUGCAAAUUAAUCAGGCACACGGCCAACAGUUACAGGUAGCAGGUAGCAGUGAAAACAACACUGGAAACAAUGGACAUACACAUGAAAGGAAGGUUAAGUUGCCAGUCAUGAGCCUUCCAUCUUUCGAUGGGAAUUCUGAGCAAUGGUUGCAAUUUCGUGAUGCAUUCCAAGGGCUUAUCGAUUCCAAUACAGAUCUUUCGGAUAUUCAGCGCAUGUAUUAUUUGCGGUCAGCAUUGAAGGGACGUGCCGCUGAAGUCAUUCAUUCAUUAGAGUCAUCUGCUGCCAAUUACGCGAUCGCGUGGUCAUUGUUGAAACGUCGAUACGAGGAUAAAACCGCGAUUACUAGUCGUCAUUUGCAAUUAUUGCUCGACAUUCCCGUCAUGCAAAAGGAAUCUGGCGUACAAUUGAGACAGACGUUGGAUGGCAUGUUCAGACAUCUUCGAGCUCUCGAGCAACUCGGGGCAAGUAACUGGAAUGCAAUAAUGAUUCACAUUUUAACGUCUAAGUUGGACAAUAUUACUAGACGUGAAUGGAGAGCGCAUAUCAAAGAUCAAGAAGACAUUAGCGUGAGUACUUUAACCGAUUUUAUCGAAGAGCGAUGUUUAAUUCUCGAACCAGAAAAUGUAAAAGCAGAUGUACAGAAGUCACAAUCAAAGCGAGCUGACCGAAAGCAGUCAGGACAAGCUAAAUCAGGCGAACAUUCGAAUUCAUUUGCGGCAGCCAGUAGCGAAAAAUCUAUUCUGCGUAAAUGUGCAUAUUGUCAAGAAGAAUCACAUGUAAUCUAUUCGUGCGCUAAGUUUCAGGCAUUAGAUGUUUCAAAGCGACAAGCGAUAGUAAAGGAACGUAGGUUAUGUCGGAAUUGUUUGCGAAGUAACCAUAUAGCAGCGAAUUGCAUUUCGACGCAUUGUAAAAAGUGCGAUAGCAAACAUAACACGUUAUUGCAUCCUGAAGAUCAAAUAGUAAUAUCAAAUCAGGUCGAAGCUAAGAAUAAUUCAGAAUCUGAUCAAAGCGUUGCUCUCACCGUCGUAAAUAAAGAUUAUUACCGGGCGCCAUCGCGAAUUCUUUUGUCAACCGCACGGGUGCGAAUGCACGGGAAUGAGGGAACGUUCGUUGAAUGCAGAGUGUUGCUUGAUUCCGGGUCACAAUUUAAUUUUAUAUCGCGAAAUCUUUGUCAACGUUUGAAGUUAAUAACACAGAAACAGAAUUGCUUGGUUAGGGGUCUUGGUUCCUCAGUCGAACUUCAAGAAUCAGCGGAAGCAGUCAUGCAGUCAAAGUGCACAGCGUACAAAACUAAGUCAAGGUUUUUAGUGGCCGAGCAAGUAAUCGAUAAAUUGCCAUUGACACCAGUCAAUCGAGAUCACCUCAAGAUUCCAUCAAGGUUGACACUAGCUGAUGAUACGUUUCACAUUCCUGACAAAGUUGAAGCAUUGGUGGGUGCCAGCAUAUUUUGGGAGUUGCUUUGCGUCGGCAAGGUAAGCCUGGGUAAAAAUCAACCUAUUCUUCAAAAAACAUGCCUGGGCUGGAUUGUAGCAGGAGGCACGACGUAUGAUAACGAACAGACCGCACUUAGUCAUACAAUUACCAAUGCAUCACUUCACGAACAAUUGGAAAGAUUCUGGAACAUUGAAGAAAUCGCGCAGCAACCACCACGAUCAGUGAGUGACGAAAUAUGCGAGGAGCAUUUCUUGAGAACAUACAAACGAGAUGUAGACGGAAGAUUCACGGUCAGCAUGCCAUUUCUGGUGGAUCCCAGCCAAUUGGGUGAAUCUCGCCAUCAUGCAUUAACAAGAUUCUACAAGUUAGAGAAGAAAUUAUCGCGACAACCUGAAAUAAAAGAGCAGUAUGUCAAAUUCAUGAGCAGUUAUAUGGAGCUGGGGCACAUGAGCCUAGUAUCUGAAAGCGAAGCCACAAAUAAACAAACGCAUUACCUUCCGCACCACGCCGUGGUGACCAAGAGUCAAAAUCACCUGAAGUUGCGCGUCGUCUUUGACGGCUCAGCCAAGACUGACUCUGGUGUAGCCCUCAACGACAUAUUGAGAGUCGGACCUACUAUUCAAUCAACUUUAUUCACAACAGUGUUACGAUUUCGACAACACCAGUUUGUCUUCACAGCGGACAUCGUCAAAAUGUAUCGCCAGGUCAAUGUGAGUGAAGAGCAGCGCGAUUUACAGCGGAUACUGUGGAGAGCGGAUAGCAGUCAACCUAUACAAGAAUACACGUUGAAUACUGUGACGUACGGAUUAGCGUCAGCACCAUUUAUGGCCAUCCGGGCUUUACAUCAGGCAGCAAUAGAUAAUCAACAGGCUUAUGCAGCGGCAAGCCGAGUCAUACUACAAGAUUUUUACGUCGACGAUUUGCUGACUGGAGGCGGUAGUAUAAGUGAGCUACAGGUCUUACAGCGAGAUGUCAUUCAGAUUCUAGAAUCGGCGGGUUUCCAAUUAGCAAAAUGGAAUUCCAAUGAACCAUCGCUCAUCCCACCCACCAAAGAAGAAGCAGUGCAGGUCACAAGCAUUGGCGACGAGGUAAAAACCCUCGGUCUUACGUGGAAUUCUCACUGCGACACAUUUCAGUAUGCGGCCACCUUUCCAAGAGUGGAGCAACAAACCACGAAGCGUAAAGUGUUGUCAACAUCUUCACAACUAUUCGACCCGCUUGGGUUAGUGGGACCAGUGAUCAUCACGGUGAAAAUAUUACUUCAACGAAUGUGGCAGUUGAAACUCGGAUGGGAUGAACCGUUACCAAGUGAAAUGUAUAUAGAAUGGAAUGCCUACUUGGAGGCGCUAUCUGCGAUAACUGAUAUUCGCAUCCCACGUGUUGUAAUCUGUCAAAAUCCAGUAAGAAUUAAAUUGCAUGGAUUUUCAGAUGCGUCUGAGAAUGCUUAUGGCGCAUGCAUCUACCUAUUAUCAAGCGAUAAGCACGGGAAUCGGAUCGUGCGACUUCUUUGUGCGAGAUCACGAGUUGCACCUUUGAAAACAAUCUCCAUACCACGAUUGGAGUUGUGCGGUGCCUUGUUAUUGGCAAAAUUAGUGCAGCAAGUUAAGGAUGCAUUCUCUAUUCCGAUAGACUCGCAGGCUUUUUGGUGUGAUUCAACAAUUGUAUUAGCAUGGAUCAGUCAAGAGCCCUAUUUACGAAAGACCUUUGUCGCAAACAGAGUCAAUGAGAUUCAACAGCUGACUGAAAGAAAUCAAUGGCAUCAUGUGAGGUCGGAGGACAAUCCUGCUGAUCUAAUCACGCGGGGAAGAACUCCGGCGCAAUUAAAAGUGUCUAAGCUUUGGUGGCAAGGCCCUGAGUGGCUGCUCAAUCCAGAAGCGCAAAUCACCAAGGACAUAUCACUACCAGCGGGUGAACUCCCUGAAACAAAAUCAAGCGUCAUUACGUGUCUACACAUUUCAAAUACAAAUGAGAUCUGGGAACGAUGUUCGUCAUUUAAUCGUCUUAAAAGAAUCGUGGGAUACUGCCUUCGUUGGAGAUCACCCCGUCAGACAACAACUCAAAAUCGUCUCCGUCCUUUAACUGUCAACGAGUUAGAACGAGCCCAGAUGAUCAUCAUUCGAGACAUCCAAACUCAUAGCUUCUCACAAGAAAUAGCCGAUUUGAAAAACAGACAAUGCGUCAAGCAUAAUAGUGCAUUGCUCACUUUACAUCCUUUUCUCGAUCAGGACGGGAUCAUCAGAGUAGGAGGACGGCUAGCUAAUGCGCAGUUAGAGUAUGAACAACGACAUCCGAUUGUGUUGCCAGCACAUAACCAUGUCACUCGAAUAAUCAUUCGUGACGAACAUCUCAGGAAUUUGCAUCUAGGACCACAGGCGUUGCUCGCCACCUUACAAGAGUCUUUCUGGAUAAUAUCCGCAAAAUCCGCGAUUAGACAAGUAUUGCAUAAGUGUACUGUUUGUUUCCGCGCGCGACCGCGUCACGUGCGUCAGAUUAUGGGCGAUUUGCCGGUGUCCCGUGUCAUGGGCACCCGUGCGUUCGUCAAUGUGGGCAUAGACUACGGCGGUCCAUUUAACAUAAAACUUAGUCGAAACAAAACUGGCAAGGCUUAUAUAUGUGUAUUCGUUUGUAUGGCCACCAAGGCUAUCCACAUAGAGUUGGUCUCUGACCUGAGUACAGCAGCUUUCUUGAAUGCACUAAAACGUUUUAUAGCCCGUCGCGGUUUAUGCACUCACAUACAUUCAGACAAUGGUAGUAAUUUUAAGGGAGCAAGUAGAGAGUUACAAGAAUUUUUCAAAUUAAUAAGAACGGCCUCCCAUCAAGAGACAAUCCAUAAUUAUUGCAUGAAACAAGCCAUUCAAUGGCAUUUUAUACCUCCAUAUUCUCCCCAUAUGGGUGGCAUUUGGGAGGCAGGUAUCAAAUCCGUAAAGACGCAUCUAAGAAAAAUACUUGGUGAAGCACUCCUUUCGUUCGAGGAAAUGUACACAAUAUUGACUCAAAUUGAAGCCGUGCUUAAUUCACGACCAUUGACGCCAUUAUCGACAGAUCCAACAGAUCUGCAAGUGCUAACUCCUGGACAUUUUUUAAUUGGAGCCCCUCUCAAUGCCAUUCCACAAUGUUCUCUAACGGAAAUGCCCAAUAACAGACUUAAUCGUUUUCAGUAUCUUACAAAACUCGUACAAUCCUUUUGGUCACGGUGGUCCAGAGAGUACCUGUCAACCCUUCAAAAAAGAAUCAAGUGGAAUCGUGAAGAUCAAGUGUCUACUAUUAAAAAUGGCAUGAUGGUAAUCUUGCAAGAAGAUCAUCUUCCAUCUAUGCAGUGGCCGUUAGGGAGAAUUGUGGAAUGCCAUCCAGGUCACGAUAAGCAUAUCCGAAUCGUUAAUGUCAAGACUGCAAAGGGAGUGUUAUCACGUCCGGUCACGCGAUUAUGUAUCUUACCGAUAGAAUAG